GACUUCACAUAAACCCCCCCACAGCCACCCCCUCUCCAUCUUCUCCGUCUCAGGAGCCUCUCCCGCUCCCGCGCUUGACUUCUUCAUCUCCUCCCUCCAACCGUGUCCACCAUGUGGUCUGCACCAUGCCUGAACAAGAACACCAGCGCCAGCAACAGCAACGCUGACAACAGCAACGGGGUUUCCUCAUCGUCUCCUCUGCCUUUCUCGCCGCUCUCUCCCCUCCCCACCACCUCAUCGACCUCGAUCAAGUCCAUGGAGGACAUCUGGAAGGACAUCAACCUCGCCUUCCUCAAAGACCCCCCCGAACACCGCCGGUCUGCCGCCCCCGCCGCCAUCUCCACCUCCAUCGAUGGCGUCGGCUUCCAGGGCGCCGUUCUCACCAACUUCUUGGCUGGGCCGGCAAGAGAUUACUCGCCGCGAGGAUCCGGUUUUGGCUCUGACGUUGGGGCUACCAGGUUGAGCCUGAACUGCUCGGAGCCUGAUGCUGAAGGUGUUGCUGCUGCAGGACAAGUUCAAGUGCCGUGUGGUCGCGGGGGCGGCGUUGGCGCUGAUUCGCCUCCUUUGGUUCCAGGGUUUUCUCCUUUCUGUGGGAAGAGGAGCUCCGACAAUGGUGGCGGCAAUGAUCGGUGCGAUCGCAAAUUCAAGCGCUUGGUCAAGAACAGAGAGUCCGCUGCCCGUUCCAGAGCCCGAAGACAGGCGUAUACAACCGGGCUGGAGAUUGAGAUCGCCCGUUUACAGAAAGAGAAUGCUAAGCUCAGAAGACAGCAAGAAAAGCUUCGCUUGGUACCUCGUACUGAGAUUCCAAAGAAGAAGACACUCCAGAGAACCUUUACAUCCCCAUUUUAAGGAGACAUGGCGGUCUCUCUCUCUCUCUCUCUCUCUCUCUCUCUCAUACACACGCACUACUACUUUCAUUUUGACUCUCACCGAACCGAAUAUCUCCAGUUAGA